UUUGUACGAAGGAUUGCUUUAAACAAGCGCAGCCAUUUCUAGCUGCAUGUCAAAUUUCUUCAGGCGUCUUCGAAGUCAGCACCCUAGUCAACGAAGGGGCAAUCUCGUCAUCCUAAGUAUUUCAUAAUGCGUUUAUUCAUAAAAUCCUUCUUAAUUAACCAUUGAUAAUUCCAACACCGAGAAAAUCAAAGGUAAAUAAAAAAGAAAAGAAAAGAGAGAUACCGAAAAUAUGGUAUAUAUUGUCUCUUUCUGAGUUUACCCCUCCCUCCUCUCUAAAACAUUAUUUCCACUUUAACGCUUUCUCCAAAGCUGACAAACUAAGCAAAAGCCAGCGCACCCGCGGCCAAAAACCCACAACCUUAAGCGAAUUCCGGAGAUAGAGAAAGAGGGAUGGGGAGGGCCGGAGGGGGGCAGAAGGGUCCAACAGAAAUGGGUUGAUCGAAACCGAAAGCUUCCAUAGGCGUUUCCUUGGUGGCAAAUUUAAGUCUAGCGAUCCAUUUUUGUUUGGGUUUUAUUUUCUGGUCAGUUCUGGUUCUCAAGAUUUAAUCUUUCUGCUUCAGAGCGCCAAAGAAACCAGCUGUUCGUUUUCUGUAUGCUAUUCUGCAAGGCAUUUUUUUCAAAAGCUUUCAGAAGGCAGCUGUUGGAGUACUUCAUAUAGUUUUUUGGACUUGGAUAUUCAUACCCAAUCCAUUUUAAGUUGUUCAUAAUUAGGUAUAAGGGUGGAGAAAUCUAGAAAGACGAGUCAACUGUAAGUUUCAUUUUUGGGAGAUCAAAAGUUACAGUUCAUCAACCACUUCUGUGUUGAUAUAAGCUUUCCUGUUGGUUGUUUUUUUCAAGAAUCUUGAGCUAUUUUUCUGCACAUUUCUUGAGUCUUCAAGCUUGAGGAUGUCAAAAUUGUCUCAUGCCGAUUCCAGACGAAUGUAUUCUUGGUGGUGGGACAGCCACAUUAGCCCCAAGAACUCUAAAUGGCUUCAGGAGAAUCUCACAGAUAUGGAUUCUAAAGUGAAAGCAAUGAUCAAAGUUAUAGAAGAAGAUGCUGAUUCUUUUGCAAGAAGAGCUGAGAUGUACUACAAAAAACGUCCUGAGCUAAUGAAACUUGUAGAAGAGUUCUACCGAGCAUACCGUGCAUUGGCUGAAAGGUAUGAUCACGCAACAGGUGUGAUCCAACAUGCCCACAAAACCAUGCCAGAAGCUUUUCCAAACCAAGUUCCUAUGGGUGAUUAUGAUUCACCCAUUAGCAGUACACCUGAUCCUCAAACUCCCAACUCAACUGCACGUUCUCUAUUUGAAUCUGAUGAUGAACUGCAAAGCUCUGAUCCCAAGAGAAAUGGAUUGAAACAGAUUAACAAUCUCUUUGGGUCUAAGGGCAAUAAUGUGAAAUUUGGUGAUGGGAAGGUGAGAAAAGGCCUCAACUUUCACGAGUUAGAGGAAAAAGAGCGAAGAGCACAAACAAAUAAGGCUAACAGGCCUGAUUUGGAUCAGGAUUUUGAGUCUGAAGAAACUCUAAGGAAGGCCCAGCGGGCCCAAGUCGAAGAUGAGAAGGUGGCAGGUAGGAUUCAGUACCAGCAGGGUCUAGAGAAGUCUUCUGGGCUGAAUUCAUCAAUCUCUCACGCAGAAGAAGAAGUUCAAACCUUAAAAGAUGCUAUCUCUAAACUGGAAGCUGAAAAGGAAGCUAACCUUCUUGAAUACAGACUUUGUUUGGAGAAAGUUUCUGAUUUGGAGAGUAGACUCUCUCAAUCGCAGGAGGACACUAUGGUUCUUAGUCAUAGAGCUACUACAGCUGAACUGGAAGCCCAAUCCUUGAAAGAUGAUCUUGAGAAGAUAGCCGCCGAAAAGGACAAAGCUCUUGAUCAGUACGUGCAAUCUCUUCAGAUGAUAGCUAAGCUUGAGAACAAAUUACAAUCUGCAUUGGAAGAUUCUACAAUGUUGAAAGAAAGAGUUGAGAGAGCUGAAAGAGAGGUUGAAACCUUGAAAAAUGAUCUUGGGAAGAUAGCCAUUGAAAAAGACAAAGCGCUUGAAAUGAUAGAUAAGCUUGAAAACAUGUUAAGAUCUGCUGAGCAAGAUUCAAGAAUAUUAAAAGAAAGAGCUGAAAGGGAGGUUGAAGCUUUGACACAGAAAACGGUCAACCAAACUCAAGAGCUUGCAGAAAAGCAGCAAGAGUUAGGAAGACUAUGGAGAUGCAUACAGGAAGAGCGAUUGCGCUUCAUUGAGGCUGAAACUGCCUUCCAGACUCUGCAACAUUUGCAUUCCCAGGUUCAAGAAGAAUUAAGAUUGGCGACCUCAGAAUUAAGAACUGAUAAUCAGAGAUUGGAAGACGAGGUCUUGAAGGUCAAAGAAGAAAACAAGAACCUUGAGGAAGUCAAUGUAUCUUCAUCCAUGAUGAUAAGCAAUAUGCAAGAGGAGAUCUCUAGUUUGAGCGAAACAAAAUGGAAACUUGAGCAGGAGGUUGAGCUCCGAGUGGACCAAAGAAACGCUCUUCAGCAAGAGCUAUACUGUCUGAAAGAAGAACUAAAUGUUUUGAACCAAAAAUAUCUCUCAGUUUUGGAUCAGGUAAAGGAGUUGCAGGAUGAGAUCACCAACCUCAAAGGCACAUUUCAGAAAGAAAAAAGUGAGAAAGAAGGUCUUCUGGAGAAGCUUAUGCUCUUUGACCAGCUUGUCGAGAAAAAUUCCAUCAUGGAAAAUUCCCUAUCAGAUUUAAGAGUCGACUUCGAGGCUAUAAGUGGGAAAGCAAUGGUUUUAGAGAGCUCUUGCCAGUCCCUCUUAGAGGAGAAGUCAACUCUACUAAGUGAUAAUGCUACUCUCACCAAUGAACUGCUAGUAACAAAUGAAAACCUGGAAAAGCUCUCAGCAAAGAACACUGUGUUGGAAAAUUCCCUUAUUGAUGCUCAUGAUGAACUUCAAACCUGGAAGGAAACAUCAAAAGGACUAGAAGAUUCAUGCCAGAUAUUAACGAAUGAGAAGUCGGAUCUUCUUGGUGAACAGGAAAGAUUGCUCAAUCAAUUGCAGACUGCACUGCUGAGACUGGGAAACCUGGAGAAAAUGUACUCAGAUAUUCAACAGAGAUACUCAGUUUUGGAGAAAGAGAAGGAGGAGCUUAACAUAUCUUUAGACAGAGAAAAGAACGAUCACACAAAUUUUGUUCAGACGAGUAACAAACAACUGGCGGGUAUGGAAUCUGAAAAUCUUCUUUUACAAGAAGAGUGCCAGUUGAGAGCAAACGAAAACGACGAAGAGCGUGAUAGAGCUUUUGAUUACCAACUUCAGAUUUUCAUCUUGCAGAAAUGUGCACAAGAUCUUGAAGAAAAGAUUUUCUCUUUGCUGACUAAAUAUCACAAUCUGGUUUUGGGGUUAGAGCAGAGAAAUGAGGAAGAAAAUCACCAGAACUUUGUUGAAAACUGUGUUCUAGUCACAUUGCUGAGUCAGCUAAAAUUGGAAGGAGAGAAACUCAAUUCAGAAAAGGCCACCAUUGAGAAUGAGUAUAUGAACAAAUCCAAUCAGCUUUGCAUCUUGCAGAGUGAAGCCAUUAAAAUCCAAGAGGAAAAUGAAGAAAUGAAAUCAAAAAUAAAGGUUAAAGAUCACAAGGAGAAGCUUCUAGAACUUGACAUAGAGAAUCUGGGCAGCAAGUUGAUGAAUUUUCAGAGAGUGAAUUUUGGACUUCAGGAAGAGAAGACUUCAAUGGGGAAGGAGAUAUCUCUGCUAGAAGAGGAAACCGUUGCCAUCUAUAGUGAAAUCCUCUCAUUGAAAAUCCUUUCUAUGGUUUUCAAGAACUGCACCAAUGAAAAAUUCUUGGAAUUAAAGAUGCUUUAUGAUGAUUUGGACAGGCUCAAUGAAACCAAUAGUGAAAAGUUAAGCCUAGCUGAGAGGAUUCUGAAAGAGCUAAAGUUUGAAAAUCUUAAUCUGAUGAAGGCUUUGCAGAGGUCAGAAGAUGAACUGAAUGCCACUAGACUUGUCAAGAUUCAACUGGAUCAUGAUAUUGACGUGAAAAAUAAUGCAAUGUCAGAAAAGGAGCAAAAGAUUGUGGAUAUAGAACAAAAGCUGAGUCUGGUAGAGAACGAAAAUUUGGAGGCCAAGAAGACUAAAGAGGAUCUGAAAAUGCAGAUACUAUCAUUAUCUGAAGACAACAAUUUUUUGAUUACAGAGAAUGGAAAGGUGAAAGAGAAGAAUGAAGAAUUCCAAAAACAAAUUACAGAAAUUCAGACAUUAGAAUCAGAGACUGAGGGCCUGUUUGGUGAAUUGCAGAUCUCUUCUUCUUUCCAUAGCUUGUAUGAGCAGAAGGUUCAUGAACUCUUGAAAGUGAUUGAAAACCUUGAAGACAGGAUUACUUCAAAGGAUGUUGAUGUUGCAUUUCUGAAAGAAAGAUUAAGCAUUGUAGAUGCUGUCAAUGAAGGUCUAAAGAUUCAAUUGGCCACUUCAGAAUCAGAGAUGGAGGACUUGUUUGGUGAGUUGCAAGUCUCCACCAUUUCCCAUGAUUUGUAUGAGAAGAAGUUUCAUGAACUUAUGAACGUGAGUAAUACUUUUGAAGCCGAGAGCACUUCCAAGGAUGUUGAAAUCAAACUUCUAAAAGAAAGAGUGAACUUUCUGGAAGCUCAAAAAGAAGAUCUUGAGACUCAACACGCCACAUUGGAAUCAGAGGCAGAGGAGUUGUUUGGUGAACUGCUGAUAUCUAUGGUUUGUCACUGUUUGUUUGAGCAGAAGGUUUACGAACCCAUGAAAGUGAGUACAACCUUUGAAGCUGAGAGUACUUCAAAAGAUAUUGAUAUUAAAAUUCUCAGUUCUGAAAAUGAAGAGCUUAAGGCUCAGCUGGAAACAUGUCGCCCUGUUAUUGUUUCUUUGAUCCAAUGCAUAUCGUCCCUGGAGAAGCACGCCUAUGGGAGAUUUCUAACCCCCCAUAAUAAUGAUGUAACAGAGGUAACUGAAGUUGCAAAGCAUUACAAUUCAGAUGGAGAGAAAAAUGUCACAAAGACUGAUGCAUUUGUAGACCUUCAAGAUUUGGCAACAAGGAUUCGAUCUGUUGAGAAAUUACUGCUCAAAGUUGAGCAGCUUGAAGUGGCAGAUAACCUGAGCAUGAAUGCCAGACUGCAGGCUGUGAUGAAACAGGUUGAAGACUUGAAAACCGAGAACAGCGUACUCCGGAGAAACACUAAUCGUCGGUCUGAAAUCCUCCCAGAGGGUGAAAACGGGGUUUUGACAAAAGAUAUCAUGCUUGACCAGAUAUCUGAGGCCUCACCAUAUAACAUGACCAAAAGAGAGCAACAUGAAGCAGACAAUCAAAUUCUUGAGCUGUGGGAAACUACUAACACAGAAGGAGACACUCAAGAAUAUGUGAAGUUAAUGAAGUUGCCCAAAAACGAGAAGGAAUUACGAAUGGACAUAUUGGAACAUUCCAGACGCUCUUCAGAUCUUCAUGAUGGAAACACAAAAAUUGUUUUAGAGAGACUUAAUUCCGACAUACUGAAAUUGACAAACCUCCAAAUCACAGUCCUGGAGCUGAAGAAGAAACUUGAGAUUAUACAAAAUAGCAACAGAAGAGGGAAAUCAGUGGUUGAAUUGGAAAACCUGAAGGUGCAGCUGAGCGAAGCAGAGGCUUCCAUCCAGAGGCUGUUUGAUCGGAGUGAGAAAGUGAAGAAAAACUUCGAAAGUGGGUCCCUCUCAGAACAAGCUAAAAGAAUAUCCGAGAAAAUCGGGCGGUUACACUUUGAGGUACAGAGGAUACAGUUUGUUCUGGUGAAAUAUGAUGGAGGGAAAGAGAGCAAGGGGAGAAGUAGUAAAGCAGUAUCAGAAGGGAAAAGGACAGUUUUGCUGAGAGAUUAUAUGUAUGGUGCUGGGGUCAAGCCAAGCCAUAAACGGAAGAAGAAGCGGUUCUGUUCAUGCAUCCAGCCUCACACGUAUGAUGAUUGAUUUUACAUUCUAUUAUUCUAGUAUGAUAUUUGCAAGGUCAGGUGAUGUUAGAAUGUUUUUUAAACUCCUGUCCAUAGACCAUAAAUUUGUAGACAUUCUAGAUGUUUGCUAUCCACUAGAAUGAUAAGUUGUGUUAUUCGUGUCUUAUUGUCUGUCCAGAGAGUUGCGGCUGUAAAUUUUUUUAAAGCUGCAUCAUGCCUUGAAAUAAACUGCCUUUCUUUUUACACAGCUCUUUCCUUUAUUUGUUUGGUAAGAAGAGUUGUACAGUAGAGAUUGGGGUGAUUUUUUUUUUUUAAAGAAAGCAUUUUUCACAUUCCAUUUCAACCAAAUAAGUCAAAAGCUAUUACCUGAUAUCAUUAUCCUGCUGAUUCUGUGGAUAUGCAGAAUAAGCCAUGUUUUACUACCAAACAAGCUCUAAUAGUGUUUGCUUUGCAAGAACUUAGUAUGACAAGAGAAUAAGAGACUGAAGAAUGCCAUCAUUGCCAUGAUUCCAUGAAUCUGUCAAGGACUCAAGCAUCUACUUGAGCAAAGAAUCUAAUGGUCAUUUGGAUGCUAGAAAAACUUAAGAUGGGGAUUCAUAUACUCCAUUUUUAUUUAUAACCCAAAAGUCAAUAAUAUUGUUGGAUUUACUUGGUAAGGGAGGGAAAUGGCGGUAGUUGAAAAAAAUGAUACUACGUAUUUG